AUGUCCAAUGCCAAGUCUCCCGAGAUCCUCGCCGCCUACGACGACGUGCGUUCGGACAAAUCCCCCAUCAACUGGCUCAUAAUAUCCUACGCCAAAACCACCGGCGACUCACUUGCCCUCACGGCCACAGGAGAAGGUGGCCUCGCUGGGUUACGGGAGAAAUUGGACCCCGCACAAGCACAAUAUGCUUAUUUACGUGUGGAAUAUGCCAACGAUAGCGAAACUUCAAGAGUGAAAUUUGUCUUUAUUGUGUGGAUUGGGGAACAGACAAAGAUUAUGAGGAAGGCGAGAGUGAGCAUUGAGAGUGGUGCUGUCAAAGCCGUUUUGAAUCAUCAUAGUGUGACGGUAGAUGCAAGGGGCAUGGAAGAUUUGGAUGAAGCGGAGAUUGUGAAGCUAUGUAGGAAGGCUGGUGGGGCAGAUUAUAAUGGUGGGAGAGGAUGA